CGAAGCCAGCAGCAAGUCGAGCAGCUGAGGCUGGAGCUGAGUAAGGAGCGGGAGAAUGGGCAGGUGAGCCUGACCAGCCAGGUAGCAGAGGGAAGGGCAGGAAUGGCGCCAUGGACUAUAGAUCUCAGGCGAGGGAAGGCAAGGACUACUGCAGGCACUGGAUGCACAGAGGCAGGUGCUAGUAAGAUUUUUCCUGACACAAUAUCAAGGACAAGCUACAGCAAGCUCAGAGGGAGAUGAAGGCAAUGGAGAAGAGACACAAAGAAGAAAUGGAAAGGAUGCGCAGGAUCCAGCUGCAGUACAGGCUGUGUGAACAAAAGCAGAUGGACACAGGCUCUGCAGCAGCGUCCUCCAAAGAAGGAGUCUCCCCUCUGCAGCCUGAAAACUCGAGCAUGGACAGUUCAUGCUGGUCAAGCCAGGAGAGAGAGAAGCAAUGCCUGAAGAUGCUGAGGAGCAUUGUGAGCAUGGCAGAUCCAGCAGAGAAAUACACUGGCUGGCAACAUAUUGGCAGUGGGUGAGUGCAGCCACACUUCCUUCUACACAACUAUGGGCCAGGUAUUUUGGUGGUGCAGUAUCAAGUGGGAAGUCAGGCAAGCUGCAAGCAUCUUCAGAGCCCGGCUUUAGAUUGUCCCUGUCUCAGUACUGAUCACAUGGCAUCAUCAAAGAUAACUGGAUGCUGCCAAAGUCUUGCCUGCUUUAGGGAGCAGCACCUGGAAGCCCUCCUGUCCCUCAAGCGUGUGGCACCAGUUUGCUUGUUUUCCUAGGAAACUUGGUUUUGUAUGAGUCAAAGUAAGACGGCCACACUAAGGAAGGAAGCAAAACCUGAGAGAGAGCUUCCCUCCUGAUAGCUGUCAGAUAACAGCUGUUUUCUUUCCAAAAUCUUGCUGAAAACAAUAUUCAGUGGUCAGGACACUAAGAAGGGCUGUGUGGUGUUGCCUGAGUUUAACGGAUAGAAUCAAGAGAGAGGUGAGAAGGCCCAACAGGCCUACGUGUUUCAUUGCCUGGAAAGGCACGCCACACGCACAGACACAGAAAGGAAAAGGCAAAGAAAACCCCCACAUCCAUAUUCUAGUGUGUCCUUUGGAGAUUUGUAGCAGCCCUUUUUUUUCCUGUUGGACGCCUCUUUUCUCUUGCACACGCUGCACGGCAGAGGGCUGCUG